UUGUUAUGCAACAGUGGAGGCUGGUGCGCCAUAUCUGUUAAGCGCUACAUUUUGACGAAGGUGCAACGCACCGUUCAAACAGACGCUUUUGUAUUUAUUAACAAUAAUUCUAUAUUUUACAUCAAUUGUUGCGAAGUAGCUUGUUUUUGUGUUAUUGUAAAGCUGAUAAAGAGGCUCCGGCUGUAAGAAGAACAUUCGAGAGACUGCUGUCCGAACGACGAUUCAGCCAGGCCGCGUUACCAGGCUCUUACAGAAUAACUGACUGAAUGAUCUAGAAGUGGCUUGGUUGUUCAGUUCUAAACAUGAUCCACAGCAUCAUGGCCGACGACUUUGACAUCGAGGCAAUGCUCGAGGCGCCCUUCAAAAAGACAUGCCUAUAUCUCACCUCUACUUCCAUGAAUUCCAGUGUGAACUGUCAAAAAAAUGAAGGUAGUAAUCGCCCCAUAUAUCGAUGUACUGUGGUACCCUUGGUUGAAAAUACAUAGGCUGACUGGUACUGGUGCUGAAAAAAUAAAUGCACACGUGUAAGUGACUGAGUUUAAUUUAAGGGAGGUUCCUAUUUGCAUGUCUUUUAGAAUUAUAUUAAAGUUGUCAGUAGUCGUAUAAAGGCCUUGAGGCUAAAGAAAGAAACUGCCAUAGGGAAAUAAAUUUUGUUAUAAUUAAUAAAAUUGAUAAUAUUAAUAUGUUGAAGAUAUUUAAAUUGUUUUAUUAGCAUUUAUACAUGAACAUUUGUAUUUUGGUCAUAAACCAGUAAAUGUUGGCUUACAGUACAUUGCAAUGAAUGCAAAUGCCACUUCGUUAAAAAAACAAACAAAAAAAACAACAAACUCAUACAAAUAGGUACCUUAAAGAACAUCUCAACUUUAGAUGUUCUUUGGGAGUCCAUAAUACUAAGUGUGAAUCCCUGUUUGCUUCAGGGCAAGAUGUGUGACAAGAAGUGGCAUCGAACGAACUGUUACAGUCCACGAAGGCAAAUGGGGUGAAGAUCACUGGAAUGGCAUCCACCACUGGAGCUCGCUUAGUGGCUGGCUGCUAGCUUUGCCACUUUGGGUCAUAUAGCCUUUGGUACAGAUAGCCUUGGUACUGAACUUGUUAGGCUACUAAGCAAACAAUCACUAAACACGAUUCUUUUUUCUUUUUUACAUUCACAGCACAGCAGUAACUUUUGACAUAUUGCUCGAAGCACAUACUCAAUACAAACACUUGUAGGGCAGGAAGAAAACAGCAGAUUUGUGUUUCUAAUGACCUUUUUUGUCCCCCACAUAACCCUUUAAAGAACACAUUUAUUAAUCCUGUCAUAUUCUGUUUUGUUCCCACCCUCUGUUAUCCGUACAACCUUGUUACGUCGUCCUCCUCAUGAUGUUCUUCUAUCGACCCUGCUUAGGAUGAGAACAAGUCCUUAAGUUCCAAUGGCCAUGAGGAGAGAAGCAAGAUGAAAAAGAAGAGCAGGAGUCGUAGCAGAGAUCGGGACCACAAGAACAGUCGAAGCCGGGACAAAAAGAGAAGCCGGAGCAGAGAGCGAAAAAGGAGCAGGAGCCGAGACAAGAAGCGCAGCAAGAGCAGAGACCGGAAGCGCAGCCGGAGCAGGGACAAGCACCGCAGCCGCUCCAGAAGCAAGGAGCGUGGAGGACGCUUUCGAACAGGCUUUUCUGGCGUGAAAUUUAAUGGUGGUUCAAGGGGGAAGACUGGCCCACCACCUGUCAUCAAACAACAAAGCAACAAAAAAUCUGAGAGUCCAAGUCCUUUCAAGCGAGACAAGAGUCCUAUCAGACUGCCUGCAGAUAAUCUUACACCAGAAGAGCGGGACGCACGCACAGUGUUUUGCAUGCAACUUGCUGCCAGAAUUCGGCCCAGAGACCUGGAGGAGUUUUUCUCUGCUGUUGGAAGAGUGAGAGAUGUGAGAAUAAUCUCUGAUAGAAACUCUAGAAGAUCUAAAGGAAUCGCCUACAUCGAAUUUGUAAACACCACCUCUGUUCCUCUGGCAAUUGGUCUGUCUGGACAAAGACUGCUAGGAGUACCGAUCAUCGUCCAGGCUUCACAGGCUGAAAAGAACAGAGCAGCAGCUGCAUUAGCCAACAAUUUGCAAAAAGGCAAUGCCGGACCCAUGAGACUUUAUAUCGGCUCACUGCAUUUUAACAUCACAGAGGACAUGCUCAGAGGGAUCUUUGAACCGUUCGGACGGAUCGACAGCAUUCAGCUCAUGACGGACAGUGAGACAAUGAGGUCCAAGGGAUACGGAUUCAUCACAUUUACUGAUUCGGAGUCCGCUAAGAAAGCCUUGGAGCAGCUCAACGGUUUCGAGCUGGCAGGCAGGCCAAUGAAAGUGGGCCAUGUGACCGAGAGGACAGAUGCCUCCAUGGCCAGCUCUUUCCUAGACAACGACGAACUCGAAAGAACCGGCAUCGACCUGGGCACCACCGGUAGGCUGCAGCUCAUGGCAAGGCUGGCUGAAGGUACUGGCCUUCAGAUUCCUCCAGCCGCGCAGCAAGCUCUGCAGAUGACUAAUACAAUGGUGGCAAUGGCAGCAGCUACCGCUGCUAUGAAUCCUGGAUUGAGUUUCAACCUCGGCGUCCCCCCGAACCAACCAUUAAAUCUGCCAUCACAACCCAUCGCAACGCACUGCUUUCAGCUUUCCAACAUGUUCGAUCCCAAUUCGGAAAACGAUCCCGGGUGGGAUGUUGAAAUCCAAGAUGAUGUAAUUGAGGAAUGUAACAAGCAUGGCGGAGUUAUCCACAUAUACGUGGAUAAGAAGUCUGCUGAGGGAAAUGUGUAUGUGAAGUGUCCAACCAUCCCAGCCGCAAUGGCUGCUGUUAGUGCGUUACAUGGACGUUGGUUUGGAGGUAAAAUGAUCAAAGCUGCAUAUGUUCCUCUGCCAACAUACCACAAUCUUUUCCCAGAGUCCGUGCAAGGCACACAACUUCUUAUGCCCACUCGCCGGUGAUCCCACAUCUGAUCUCAUCAAUUAUGUACAUUUUAGCUUUUCUUUUUAAUGCUUUUGGGCAAAACAUCACCAUCCCAGUAAUGCAAGCUAUGACAUCUGUGUUGAUGUUUGCUUGCUCGUCACGUGGGCAUUAAAGAAGGUGUUCUGUAAGAUACAUUUGUAUGUACAGGCUUACUAUUUACUAUUUUGGUGAGUUUUGUUUUGUCCCAUUAAUAAUAAUAAUACUGAUGUCGUUUUCAGAGUUUGUUUCUUCCACACACAUCGUCUUUGUGAUUGAUUCAUAGUGUCCUUGUACAGUUUCUCAAAAGAACAUGAAAAAAGAAGAAAAAAAACCGGCUGGAUUAUUUGAAUUAGAACCCCCACAUUUUUUUUGGUUAGAUCUCUAAAUAUUGAGUGUUUUGGGCUCCGUGAGCCGAUCAAAGUACAAUGAUUGAUGGUAUCCUGUGUUCAUAAUGACCAUGUGGUUUUGAAGCAUCUUUUUCUAAUCGAGACUUGAUUUUGUAAAGUCCUUGAUUUCAAAUAAAGCUGAUUCAGGCAGGAA